AUGUCUGCAUCUCUGAAAUCAGUUGAUCCACCUUUGCCUUCAGCAGAACCAACAUCGUCCUACCAGCUAUUGUCAACAGAAGACAAGGUUGGAGAUUCUGAAGAUGCCGUCUUCAAUGACCAGGUCAAGCAGGUCCAAGACUGGUGGGCCUCACCUAGAUACAAAGGCAUAAAAAGACCUUAUUCUGCGGAAGAUGUCGUCAGCAAGCGAGGAACCCUACAGCAAAUAUACCCCUCCUCACUCAUGGCUCGAAAACUAUUCAACCUGCUGGAGGAACGAGCUGCUAAGGGAGAGCCUGUACAUACAAUGGGAGCCAUUGACCCUGUCCAGAUGACACAGCAGGCACCCCAUCAGGAAAUUCUCUACGUCUCCGGAUGGGCUUGUUCUUCGGUCUUGACCAGCACGAACGAGGUAUCGCCUGAUUUUGGUGAUUAUCCUUACAACACAGUCCCCAACCAAGUACAACGUCUUUUCAAGGCACAGCAACUACACGAUAGAAAGCACUAUGACGCAAGGAGGAAAAUGUCCGCUGAAGAUAGAAAAAAGACUCCUUACACUGACUACCUUCGACCCAUCGUCGCCGAUGGCGAUACUGGACACGGUGGUCUCUCAGCAGUCUUGAAACUGGCCAAACUCUUUGCCGAGAACGGUGCUGCGGCUGUCCACUUCGAGGAUCAAUUGCACGGAGGCAAGAAGUGUGGUCAUUUGGCUGGCAAAGUCUUGGUUCCUGUGGGCGAACACAUCAAUCGUCUUGUUGCCACACGCUUCCAAUGGGAUAUGAUGGGUUGUGAAAACUUGGUCAUCGCGCGCACAGAUUCAGAGAGCGGCAAGUUGUUGAGUAGCGCUAUCGACGCGCGCGAUCAUGAAUACAUUCUCGGUGUGACAGAGGAUAUCGAGCCUUUGGCAGAGACACUCCAGGUCAUGGAUAUGAAUGGCGCAACCGGUGCAGAAAUUGAUGCUUAUGAAGCAAAGUGGACCAAGGAGCACAAAUUGGUCACAUUCGAUGAGGCUGCUAUCGCUCAUAUCAAGUCACAAACUUCCGAUUCAGACAAGGUCGCCGAAUAUGAGAGCGAGAUAUCUGCGAACCGCAACCGACCUCUGAACAGCCGUCGCCAGCUUGCUGCAUCCAUCGCAGGCUCCCCUGUCCAAUUCAGCUGGGACAUCCCCAGAACGAAAGAAGGCUUCUACCACUACCGUGCCGGACUUCCAGCAGCAACGAAGCGUGCUAUCGAGUUUGCUCCAUUUGCCGAUCUGCUGUGGCUGGAGACCGCUGAUCCAAGCGUGCAAAAAGCUGCAGGUUUUGCUAAGGAAAUUAGACAGGUACACCCUGGAAAGAAGCUCGUCUACAACCUCAGCCCUAGCUUCAAUUGGAUGGCUCACGGCUUCACUGAAGACCAGCUGAAGAGCUUCAUCUGGGAUCUGGGCAAGGAAGGAUUCGUUCUUCAGCUCAUCUCUUUGGCCGGUUUGCACAGUACUGCCACGAUUACCAACGAGCUCGCUAAGGGCUUCAAGACCGAUGGCAUGCUUGCAUAUGUGAAUCUCGUCCAGCGUCGUGAACGCGAACUUGGUUGCGAUGUUCUCACGCAUCAGAAAUGGAGUGGUGCUAGCUACCUUGAUGGCAUUCUGGGUAGUAUCCAGAGUGGUAGCAGUGGCAGUAGGAGUAUGGGUGAGGGCAACACGGAAGGAAGUUUCCACUAA